AUGGACGCGAAAAAGAACGCUUUGGAAACCGAAGACUCCCAGGCGUCGUCUUCAGAGACCAAGAACAUAAAGUCCGAUGUAGAUCCCCAGACCUCACUGGCGCCUCCCCCGCGGCCGGCCAUAACAUCAGCUGCGGAUACCCCAGAUUACUUUAAUUCUGUGCACAAUCCCUUUUCAUUGGAACCGAACCCCUUUGAGCAAUCCUUUGGUGGUGGUGGCACUAGUGGUGGCUCAUCUGGCGAGACACCUGGGAAGUCGAUCCUUCCUCCAGUCGCUUCGCUCACGUCUCCUGCCUUACCCGGUGCUAGCUCGGCCGGAGGCGGUUAUAGCUGGUCUAACUCCUUGCGUUCUGGGCCCCUGAGCCCGGCCAUGCUCGCCGGUCCGACAGGUUCCAGCGAUUAUUUCGACAGCAUCGGCAGAGGCUUCCCUACCCCGAACGAGUCCUCUCUGCGCACUGGAUUGACUCCUGGUGGUGGAGGCUCCAUGUUCCCGGCACCGAGCCCGAACUCCCAGGCGCUCCUGCAGCAAUUGCAAAGUGGGGGUGCAACUCCCUCAACUAUUGAGUUUCAUCGUACUGCGUUGAACGCCGCCAAGAAAAACGCUCUGAAUGGCCCAACCUCUAACCCAACCUCUGAUCCAGAGCAAGCAGCACAGAGCACGACCAUGGAUAUUAAACCCAACCAGUCGGAUCCCUUCGGCCAUCAUGAUGCUGCGGAUGCCGCAAAUGGGCUAUUCAUGCUAGCCAAAGGCGGACAGGCGAAUCCCAAUCAAUUCGCUGUUUCGAACCAGUCCUCCAUACCACCACAGAACAUCCAAAAUAAUGAUCAAGGUCGCGAUUCUGAUCGACGAGCUUCUAACGGCAGAGAGACAAGUGACGACGUGUCUGACGUGCAAGGUGAACAGGCGAAGCCUGUCACGAAAGGAAAGAAAAAGAAUACGGCUUCUAAGACUGGCGGGGCAGCGAACAAUCGGCGCAAAGCAGAUGAUGCUCCAGCUAAAGGGUCGAACAAGAAAGCCAAGCUUAGCUCUGGUAGCACUGAGCCUCCUUCUGAUGCCGCUGAUUCAGAGGAAGAGGAAGAGCAGAAGAAGAAGUCACCGAAUGACAGCAAGAAGAUGACGGAUGAAGAGAAGAGAAAGAAUUUCCUCGAGAGGAAUCGGGUCGCUGCACUCAAAUGUCGCCAGCGAAAGAAACAGUGGCUUGCGAAUUUGCAAGCAAAAGUUGAGCUUUUUACUUCAGAAAAUGAUGCGCUUACUGCUACCGUCACUCAACUGCGUGAAGAGAUUGUCAAUCUCAAAACGCUCCUACUAGCACACAAGGACUGCCCAGUUUCUCAGGCCCAAGGACUUGGGCCCUUGAUGAUGAACGGCAUGUCGGCAGGAUUCGACCCUCAUCCGUAUAACAUCCCUAGCAACAUGGGAAUGCAACCAGGUGCACCUAUCCCUGCACAGGGACUCCGAAGACAAUGA